GGUAGCCGAAUUGAACGACCUAAUAUGUUUGAGUGACACUGAUGCAUAUUUUGUGAUUACGGAAUAUUAGGAUGGUCUGGAAUGUAGAUAUGCUGUCUCAUUAAAUCAAGUCUACGGCAAACCACUUCAUCUGUACAGUCUACAGUCCAGCGCACUGGGUGAGCUGUUUUUUUAAUUAUAUUGUUAACUUUUUCUGUGUUAUUCAGAUUUUAAAAAACUAUGAAAAGAAGAUCGACAGCCGUCUGGUGCCCAAUUGCUUUUAGGCGUUGUGUGCAUUAGCACGCCAAAUCAACCAGUGCAUCGAACUACUGCGACUUUAAACUUCGCCAGUCGGUGGAGCCACUAUUAAUCACGUCCAGUCUGGUCCCUCCCUUUCCUGCAGUAACUCGGGACAGAGCCACGGGAGUGGGUGAGACGGGAGAAACACAAGUGUUUGAUAGCAGCGUAAAUCUGGACAUUAAUCUAGUAGCUAACAUUUAAAGUGAGAAAAGAGGAUAACAAUGCGACUGCAGCUACGAUCAACCCACAAACCAGUCUCACAGCGGAAAAGAUUCACUUUCUCACGGAAUAUUGUCAAAACUGAUCUUCAUUGGCGAUCUGGUAGGUCUCAACGAGAGAAAUGACUGUGAAUAUAACUUGCGUCAGAGGAAAUUUUGUUUAUGAAAAACAUUCACCUUUUGUAAAAUGAAGACUUUAGUUCUGGGAGUAAAUCGUCUUUGACAGAUACGUAAUGCCUAAGUUGUUUUCAUCUAAGAUUUGGCAAUGAUGGGAAUAGGACAGUCUUAGAGUUUGGCUUACUGAAAAACAUGAAUACAUAAAUUGCCUUGAACGGCUGCAAGCGACAGACAGUUUCUCGAGUUGCUUUACACCCUGAAGACAUCCUGACACAACAAAAAACUUAAUUGUACAUGAAGGAAGGGAACUAAUAGCUAAUCUGCCAAAGCAGUGCACAUGUUUUGUAGUUUAUGAAAAUCGGUCUCCUUUAGUUAGCAAACAUGGUGGAGCCGAUGGGCUUUGUGGAGGCAUGGAGAGCGCAGUUCCCCGAGUCCAGUCCGCCGGCCAUGGCGCUCAACUCGGUGGGGGACAUCGAGCAAGAGCUGGAUAAAUGCAAGAGCUCCAUCAAGCAGCUGGAGACGGAGGUGAACAAGGAGCGCUUCAGGAUGAUCUACCUGCAGACACUCCUGGCCAAGGAGAGGAAGAGCUACGAUCGCCAGAGGUGGGGCUUCAAGCAGACGUCCCAGCUCAAUGAGGAGGACCAGUCUCCAGCUCCUGAGGGCCUGUCAUCCAUAGACAGCAAUGGGGGAAGGUGCUCCUCCACUGAGGAAGAGCGGCUCCCCUCCCAGCAGUCCCUAGAUGACGAGACUCCCUUGGUCCAGCCCAGCAAUGACCGACAAUCUCACAGAGAGGUGAACGCCCAGAAGAGCACGGAGUCGUCAUGGAGACCUGCACCUGUUCAGGAGCCAGAGGCUCCCCAGGACUCCUCCCCCCAAGAGCGUCUCGGGGUGGCAGCCCUGCGAUCCAACUUCGAGCGCCUUAGGAAGGGGGACGCUCAGCCCAUGGAGGUGAGGGGUCCACCCUGCACGGCGGGGGCAGAUAAAACCUUCUAUGUGAACAUGGAAUACCACCAGGAGCGUGGGCUGGUGAAGGUCAACAACCGAGACGUCUCCGACAAGAUCAGCAGCCUGGGCUCCCAGGCCAUGCUGAUGGAGCGGCAGCAAUCUCGGGCCUCCAUGUCAGGCGGUCGGCCUGGAGGCCCGGGGAACAGCCGCAAACUAGUGACGCGUGGGCGACGCUCUGAGGUCAGCGCUGCCAGCCUGGACCACGAGUGUGAGGACCCGGAACUGAACGCCCGCUUCCUGAAGGACAACCUGCUGCGGCCGGACGAGGGCAGGGCUGAGGGUCCCCGGCAGGGCAGGCAUCAGACGGAGAGCCAGCCCCAGUGCCAGCCUUACACCAGUGUGUACGUGGGGGGCCUGAUGGGGGACGGGGAGGAGGUGGCCCUUACUUGGCCCCGGCGGUCGUGCUCCCCGCACAGUUUCGAGGACGGCUACACGCCGGACUGCAGCUCGAAUGAGAACCUGACCUCCAGCGAGGAGGACUUCUCCUCCAGCCAGUCCAGCCGUGUGUCUCUCGGGCCCUUGGCCCCGCGAUCCCUCCGGGACAAGAGCCGCUCACCCUCCCAGCAAUCACUGGAGAGCAACAGCCCCCCCACCCCUCAGCCACAGCGGUGGCCGAAGCAGCCGGGUGUGCCACCCCGAGUGGCCACGCGCAAACCCAGCCGGACCUGGCCCAGUGACAGAGACUCCACCUCCAGUCGAACAUCGCAUGACAACAGUUACCAUGGAGAUCUGGAUGUGUCGUUCAGCGGAACUCCUCCUCCUGCAUAUAGUUUUGAUGCUGAUCCAGGGGAGGAAAUUCAUGACCUCACUUCCUAUGACGAUGAUUCCCUGUCCUCAUCGCCACGGCUACUGUCCAGAAGCAAUGACAGCUGUGAUGGCCCCUCCUGUGUGACCCUGGAGUCUGCCCCCUCGAUGGAAGAUCAGGUGGAGAAGGAACUGGAGAUGCGUAAGUGGGUCCUCUCAGGGAUCCUGACCAGUGAGGAGACUUACCUCAGUCACCUAGAAGCCCUGUUACUGCCCAUGAAGCCCUUGCGAGCAGCGGCCACCACGUCCCAGCCCGUUCUGACGCUGCAGCAGAUUGACACCAUCUUCUUCAAAGUGCCCGAGCUGCAUGACAUACACAAGGAGUUCUACAACGGCCUCCUUCCCAGGGUGCAACAGUGGACCCAGCAGCAGUGCGUGGGCGACCUCUUCCAGAAACUGGCCAACCAGCUGGGUGUGUACCGGGCUUUCGUAGACAACUAUAAGGUUGCCGUGGAAACGGCAGAGAAAUGCUGCCAGGCCAACAGUCAGUUUGCAGAGAUCUCGGAGAACCUUAAAGUCAGAAGCACGAAAGAGAACAAAGAUCCAAGUGGCAAGAACUCUCUAGAAGCUCUUCUGUACAAGCCUGUGGACAGAGUCACCAGGAGCACACUAGUGCUACAUGACCUGCUGAAACACACCCCGUCACCCCACCCUGACUAUCCGCUGCUUCAGGACGCUCUGAGGAUCUCGCACAACUUCCUGUCCAGCAUCAAUGAGGAGAUCACUCCACGCCGCCAGUCCAUGACCGUCAAGAAAGGAGAGAACCGGCAGCUGCUGAAGGACCGGUUCAUGGUGGAGCUCAUGGAGGGCACCAGGAAGCUGCGCCAUGUUUUCCUCUUCACAGACCUGCUGCUUUGCGCCAAACUCAAGAAACAGACCGCAGGGAAAGGCCAGCAGUACGAGUGUAAGUGGUACAUCCCCCUGGCUGACCUGACGUUCCACACCAUCGAGGAGUCUGCGGAGACGUCCAUCCCCCUCAUGCCUGAGGAUGAGCUGGAGGCCAUGAAGGUCAAGAUCUCCCUCAUCAAGAACGACAUGCACCGGGAGAAGAGGUCUAGUAAAGGUGGUAAGGUGAUGGAGCGCUUGAAGAAGAAGCUGUGUGAACAGGAGUCUCUUCUCCUCCUCAUGUCUCCAUGCAUGGCCUUCAGAGUCAACAGCAGGAAUGGCAAGGGCUACACCUUCCUCAUUUCCUCUGACUAUGAGCGAGAGGAGUGGAGGGAAAUCAUCCGAGAACAACAGAAAAAGUGUUUUAAAAGCUUCUCUUUGACGUCUGUGGAACUUCAGAUGCUUACAAACUCCUGUGUGAAACUCCAGACGGUUCACACCAUACCUUUGACUAUCAACAAAGACGAUGAUGAAUCUCCUGGCCUCUAUGGAUUCCUCAAUGUCAUCGUGCACUCUGCAACUGGACUCAAGCAGAGCCUGAACCUCUACUGCACUCUGGAGGUGGACUCAUUUGGCUACUUUGUAAACAAAGCAAAGACACGUGUGUACAGGGACACCACUGAACCCAGCUGGAAUGAGGAGUUUGAGAUUGAGCUGGAGGACUCGCAGACCCUGAGACUUCUAUGCUACAGUAAAGCCAAGCACUGCAGAGAGGACGGCGACACAGACAGGAUCAUGGCCAAAGGGCAGAUCCAGCUGGAUCAGCAGACCCUUCAGGGCAAAGACUGGCAGAGGGCUGUCAUCGGUAUGAAUGGGAUUGAAAUCAAAUUGUCCAUGAAGUUCACCAGCAGAGAAUUUAGCCUGAAGAGGAUGCCAUCCAGGAAGCAGUCCGGUGUCUUCGGGGUGAAGAUUGCAGUCGUGACCAAGAGGGAGCACUCCAAAGUACCACUCAUCGUGCGUCAGUGUGUGGAGGAGAUUGAGAGGCGGGGCUUAGAGGAGGUCGGCAUCUACCGCGUUUCAGGGGUUGCCACGGAUAUCCAAACCCUCAAAGCAGCUUUCGACUCCAAUAAUAAAGAUGUGUCCGUGCUGAUGAGCGAGAUGGAUGUGAACGCCAUCGCUGGCACUCUGAAGCUGUACUUCCGCGAGCUCCCGGAGCCCCUCUUCACCGACGAGCUGUACCGCAACUUCACCGGAGGCAUCGGUCUGUCUGACAGCGUGGCCAAGGAGAGUUGUAUGCUGAACCUGCUGCUGUCGCUGCCUGAGCCCAACCUGCUCACCUUCCUCUUCCUUCUCGACCACCUCAAAAGGGUGGCUGAGAAUGAGUGUGUAAACAAGAUGUCCUUCCACAACCUGGCAACUGUGUUUGGCCCCACCCUUAUGCGUCCCUCAGAGAAAGACACCAAGACGCCCAUGCAGCCCAUCAUGAUGACUGAGAGCUGGUCUCUGGAGGUCAUGUCGCAGGUCCAGGUGUUGCUGUAUUUCCUUCAACUAGAGACAAUCCCCACGCCUGACAGCAAGCGUCAGAGUCUCCUCUUCUCUACAGAAGUCUAGAGGACUGAUUAGUCCCUACCCCCGACACCAAGCGGCGGACCCCGCAGGGCCGCCUGACGCCUGAAGCGUUGUGUUACCUUGGAGGGCCAGUGCGGAGCUGGGGCACAUCACUGUAUUGCCACAAGAGGGCGCUAUGCAGACACUAAAACAGCCAGCCCUGUGUUCAUCACUUAAAUCAUCCUAUUGGACCAUGAUCACAAUCAGUUUGUAGGCGCUAUGCAUUCCAGCAUGUAUUUGCACUUCAGAGAAUUCUUUUCCACUGAUUUGUUUAUGUCUAAAAGUCUGUCUGUGCAUAAUAAUGCUCUUAUAGAGCAAGACAAACACGUUAAUUUUUGAUGGGGGGGAAAGCACUAGAUUAGGGCACUUCAUUAUUAUACAGUAGGCAUAUCGACAUCUUUCCUUUUGGCUACCGAGCACUUGCAGUCAUUCUUUGCUGUAACCGAUCAUGUAAAUUUGCCCAAUGGUCUAGAAACAAUUCCACACCUACAGCCAGGUAAGCCUUGGCAGCAGGUUAUGCACAUUCACAGUGAGGGCUAGUGAUGUGUAAGCUAGCAUAUGUACCUAUGGGGUUAGGGUAGGUUAACCCUACAAGCCACCUGAGUUACCCGAGAGAAAAAUAAUGUCUCAUUUGGCUGAUUAUGGGAGAAAUGUAAUAGUCAGGCCCAGCACACACACAAUAGCAUAUUUAGCUCAGGUCCUUAGUGUGCUGCACAUUCCAUGAUGUUAAUUUAGCUUACUAAAAUCGUACAAUGAUCUUAUCAAUACACUUUUUUACCAGUUGCUGUCCAUCAGUACACAGGUUAAUGCCUUUUGCACUGUAGUACUGUUUGUGUGUAGUACGCACUACAGUCUGUGUAUAGUACGCACUACUGUCUGUGUGUAUAUGCACUACUGUCUAUGUGUAAUAUGCACUACUGUCUGUGUAUAGUACGCACUACUGUCUGUGUGUAGAACGCACUACUGUCUGUGUGGUACACACUACUGUCUGUGUGUAAUAUGCAGUACUGUCUGUGUGUGUUACGCACUACUGUCUGUGUGUAGUACGCACUACUGUCUGUGUGUAGUAUGCACUACUGUCUGUGUGUAUUACGCACUACUGUCUGUGUGUAGUACGCACUCCUCUGUCUGUGUGUAGUACGCACUCCUCUGUCUGUGUGUAGUAUGCACUCCUCUGUCUGCUGCUGAUCUAUUAUGCUUCCUGUGGCCAAGAUUAACAAACUGAUAGAAACACACCAGAUUAACAAACUGGUGAAAACAGACCAGGAUUAUUAACAAACUGAUGGAAACAGACCAAGAUUAACAAACUGGGUGAAAAGAGACCAAGACUAACAGUGCUGUAAGAGACCAAGACUACCACAGUGAUGUUAUAUAUAUAUAGACUAAGACUAGUACAGUGAUGGAAAAGAGGCUGGUUUGAUUUGGAAAAUAGACAAAGGUAUAGAAUUAUAGUCAGUAUGGUCCUAUAUUAAAGUGUAGGUACUUACAGUGUACAAAUUAAUGUUUCAAAGGGACAAUUCCUUUCUUUUUUUCCUGAUUACUCACAGCUCUCUGUGAAAGGAUUACAAGCAAUAGUUAGCCUCUUUUUGUAGCAUAUCUGUUUCUAUUUGGAGAUUUCUCAGUUGUCAAUACUUUCAGUUUACGAGUAGAGGCAACUUUGAUUUUAGUGGUAAUCUGCGAUUAUACUGUGCCAAUGUUUUGAUUUCCGUUCAAGUUUAAUUUGUUUGAGAGAUGUAUUGGACUUUACUUACUGUAUGUAGAUAUAAUCUUCUUAAACCUAGUAUCUGAUCUAACAUGCAGGCAUGUUUAUGAUGAGUAUUUGCUUGUCAUUUCCUCUGGAUACACACUCUCCCUUUCUGAAGGUCCACCCUCUCAUAGAGCAGUUUGCACCAGAGGGCUUGAGUGGGGUGUUUGGACCGUCACAUGUUUACUGGUGUUUGUUUUUGUUUGUUUGUUUGUUUGUUCAUCCUUGCUUUGUGAACUCCUCUGCUGUAAUCUCUUUUCUAAGUCACCCUGGCCUGUGUGCCUGUAGAAACUGGGCGCUUGCUGUACCUCUGAUCCACCCUCCUGCAGCACAAUAAGACUGGACAGUAUAGGCACAAAAUUGCUGCUCACCUGACUAUAGUUUCAACUUUUAGUCCACUGGAGAUGAAUAGGAAAUGUAAUGAGCUACUGCACAAGGUGAUGAUGGGCUUCUUACUGCUGUAUUGAAGCUACUGCACACAGUGAUACUGGGCUUCACCGCUGCUGUACUGGUGAACUGCCUGAAGUAAAAGUAAAGUUAUCUUCGAUAGAAGUUAAAGGUUUAGAAGUUCUGUCUUAAAGCCAGGAUAUGCAAAGCAAUAAACUUACUUACCAUA